AUGAUUAACCGACCAUCAAAGGCACCAAAAGACACAAAAAACCAAGAGGCACAAAAUGUCAAAAAAACUAUCAAGAAAUUCCACGCCAAUGUUCAACCGAAACUACAUCCGUCUUACAAAGCGGAUAAAGCUAAAGUUGUCCGAGUGGAGAAAUGUAAGAAUGAAGAUUGCAAUUGCACUACUGAAGAUUGUGACAAUUAUGGCCAAAACAUGCUACAAAUUCGGAAGGAAAAAUACAGAUCAAAUGGUGAAGCUCACUUGUACCCCUUCAAGGCUGGUCGAUUCUAUAUUGAUCCUACAAAAUAUGGCAACUCCGCACGAUUUGGAAAUCACAGCUGUGAGCCAAACAUGCAUGCGAAGACGUACACAGUGAGCAAUCGAAAGAACGGAUUUAAAGCGAUCGGUUUCGUGGCAAACAAGAAUAUCAGAAAGGGUGCUGAACUCACAAUUGACUACGGAUACAAUUAUAACCCGGAAACGAGCCAAAGGUGUCUCUGUCGCAAGAGAAAAUGCAAAGGCUGGAUCGGUCAGCCUCCGCCAGCUGCUAUUCAUCGAAACGACGGACAGAAUCGACAGACGGAAUUGGAGACAGCUAAUAAGAAUACCGUCUCAGAAUCAGAAUUGAUGAGAAAUUGCAAAUAUGUUCUUGACAAAAUCCUGGCCAAUGUACUAGAAGCUGAAGAACCCAACGCGGGAGCAUCCACCACAAACGAUGAAGAAGCGGAUGCAAAUCUUCAGGAUGACCUCCUCGAAAUUGCUGAAACCGCAAAAUCUAUGAGAAUUAAACAUAGAUUCACAACCAGCUAUUGCCAGGACACAGGAAAGUUGCACAAAACACUAGCGUCAAUCGAACGAAAAUGUUUGUGUGGAGAAACGAUCUGCACCGGAUCGUUGAACAAGUUGCCACUCGAGCCGAACAAGAGAAGUAACAAGAGAAGCAGUUCUGGAGCCUCAGAGAAGAAGAAGGCCAAGAGAUUGUAA